AUGAAAGAGGCCCCACCGCUGGAGCGGCCCUCGCCCCUCAUCGUCCCGGCACAUGGCUUGGCGGAGGAGUCCCACGGCCCGCCGGCUGAGGAGGAAGGCGGCAUCCCGAUCCCCACCUCAGGGCUGCUGCAGGUGGCGGAGCGCAGGCAGCCUCUGAGCAGCGUCUCCUCCCUGGAGGUGCACUUCGACCUGCUGGACCUCACGGAGCUGACAGACAUGUCUGACCAGGAGCUGGCGGAAGUCUUUGCCGACUCGGACGAUGAGAACGCCUGCAAUGAGUCCUCCGCCGGUCUGCACCCACACCCGCAUCCGAAUGCCCGGGCCGGCUACCUGCGCUCCCCGUCCUGGACGAGGACAAAAGCCGAGCAAGGCCGGGAGAAGAAGCACCUCAGCGACUCGGAGCUCCAGGCCAGCAAAGCAGAGAUGUUCCUGAGCAUGGAGAAGCCAAAAGAAGAGUAA